AUGAUUGGGCCGUCGUCGACUGCGAGUGAUGUGGCAAAUCGCGAAGAGGAUCCAGUGAGAGUUAAACGAAAGCUCUUUGAGGACUUGGAUAUUGACAGUUUUUGCGAGGAAUUUCAGACGACGAAAAAGUGUCACUCGAUGGGGGAGGAUGAAUUGGGGAUGUCCCAGGUGGUGCAUCCGUCUGGUUUUUCAGCGAAUUCCGGACAGGAUACGUCAGGACCGGUGGCGAGACUGGAGGUGCUCGUGGUGGAUGGUACCUGGGACGUCUCGAGCCUCGGGGGUGCCGAUCUGAUUGACCUUUCGUCAUCGAUCAGCGGGAAUUCGGGGGUGCAGGGUAUCGCUGACGUGGGGAAUAUUGAUGGUAAUUAUGGCACCAUUCUUUAUAACUGGGAACCAACUGUCGAGGAUGCGGGACAUUUGACGCAAACGUGCACCUCGGAGCAACAGACGUCGAGUGCUGGAUCAUCGAUGUCUUGUAGCCAGCCGGAGGACCAGGAGAAUGGAAAUCUUUCGUGGCUUUUGGAUUUCAAGCUCGAUUCGCUUAUUGAAGCGCCAGAGGAUAAACCCCCUGCGCCACAGCCGCGUAAUAAUUAUGCAGGCUCUAGAAAUCGAAAUACCGGGACCAAUCGAGUGGACACAAAUGCCCCGUACGUAACCGAGAUUCGUGGCAAUUACAACGAGCAUAACCCGCCUGGCCGUCAGCCCCAAUCAACCUCCUAUGCAUCAGAUAAUCGAAAUUUCUCGACGUCUCGCUACGGCGGUCCAAAGAAGCCCCCCUUCACCUACACAGAAUUAAUAGAGCACGCUCUCCAAGAACGAGGGGAAUUGACGGUCUCCGCGAUAUAUCAGUGGAUUUCAGAGCACUUUCCAUAUUACAAGAGCAACGACGAUCGUUGGAAAAACUCCGUGCGACAUAAUUUAUCGAUAAAUCCACAUUUUCGAAAGGGAUCAAAAGCUCCUCACGGAGCUGGACACUUGUGGGCCAUUGCCAAUCGUGACGCCAGGCCACGAGCCUUAAGCACUCAGCAAAUAACUUCUGUACCAACGCAAAAGCAAAUUCUGAAGAAUAUUGCGGAGAGCAGUUACCCUCGCAGGAGCAAUAACACAGUGAGACAAAAUGUAGUCAUAGAUGAAGUAGCUGCGGCAACAGCAAGUAUCUGUCCAUCACCGGAGGAGAACGGCGUGGGUUCUGUUACGCUGGAGCACUGCGCUGAGCAGAUUCUCAGCGGAAUCAAAAGAGAGGUUGAAGUGCAAUACCUCAUGCCAAUGGCAGUGCAGAAUAAUGCACAGGAUGCUAGUCAACAGAUUCAACAGGCUGAGCAGACUUGCAGGGACAAGGAAACUGAGCGUGACUGUUGGAACGUUCUUGCAGACUUUCUGAACCCAGUGGCCAAGGAAGUAGUAGCCGAAGAGUGUGGAUUGAUUGGUGAGAGCUACCUCGUGACCGACCUGAAUCCAGCGGCCCUCGGCCUAAACAUGUCAGAGUCAGAAAUUAUCACCCCCGAUCAUCUCUUCGGUGAAGAACUGAGCUUUCAAUUCUACGAAUUGACAUCCCCCUCUCAGUUACAGUCAGCCUGACACCGGGACAAAAGU